UCUUCCGGAGAUACAGGGUUUCGCGGCUUCUUCAUCGUUGCUUGUUUCAGGUGUGAGGUCGGGAGCAACUCGUCAGCGCUAUGGGUAAGGUGCAUGGAUCUCUGGCUCGUGCCGGUAAGGUGAGAGGCCAAACUCCUAAGGUUGCGAAGCAAGACAAGAAGAAGAAGCCCCGCGGCCGCGCCCACAAGAGGAUGCAAUACAACCGCCGCUUCGUAACCGCCGUCGUCGGUUUCGGCAAGAAGAGAGGACCUAACUCAUCGGAAAAGUGAUCCAUUAGUUCAGUGAUGGUUUUUCUAAAUUUUGUCGGGUUGGACUAUAUAUUACUAGUUAAAUUUUUCGUCCUGCUCAUGUGAACCCGUUUCAUUCUUGUUUUGGAUCAAAUAUUCGACGUGCUCUAUUGAAAUCGGUUUUAGUUUCCAUUUAUCUGGCCUAUUUUUAUUUAGUUUUCUCUGUCCUGUUGUACUUCCUCACACUCUUAACUGGUUUGUGAUAGUCGUUGAAACGUUAAAAAAAUUGAUAUAAUCCAAAUUUAGGCAUUAA